AUGUCCAAAUCAAUUGUCAACACCGUGGAAUACCCCUUCAAGUUCGACUCGCCGGUCCCAACCAAAGGCGGAAAGACUGGUCAACUCACUCAAACUACCCUCUCACUACCCAAUGUCCGCGGCCGCAUUCCCUCCAUCCAGGCUUCUCGACUACGAACCAUGAUGAUUGAAGCACAUAACGAUCCCACCAAAAUCCUUGCCCAUGCCUGCACUUACGACGGUCUCAGCUCACGCUUAGUAGAAGAAGCGGGCUUUCCAAUGUGCUUCCUCGCGGGCUACCCUGUGUCAAGCGCAUACGGCCUUCCUGAUACCGGGUACAUCGCUUGUCAGGAGAUGUGUGACACAAUCCAGAAUGUCGUUCGCCAAGUCAGCGUUCCAGUCAUGGCUGAUGGAGAUACUGGAUAUGGAAGUCCUAUGAAUGUCAAGAGGACCGUAGAGUGUUACGCUACGGCUGGUGCAGCUGGUGUUAUGAUUGAGGAUCAGACUUGGCCGAAGCGAUGCGGCCACACCAAAGGGAAAGCCGUUGUAGGCAGAGGCGAAGCCUUUGCUCGCAUUCAGGCAGCUUGUGAUGCUCGUGAUGAAGGUCUCGACAUCUUUGUUCUUGCUCGUACAGACUCCCUGAUUCUUGGUUGGGAUGAGGCUAUCGCCAGAGCGAAAGAGUUCGUUCGUAUCGGUGUCGACGCAGUCUUUAUCGAGGCAAUUCCAGACCAAGAAGCUAUGCGCAAGGCUGUGAAGGAGGUUGGAGCUCCGAUUUUCGCAAAUAUCAUCGAGGGAGGAAAGACUGAAAACCUGUCUGCCAAAGACCUUGCUGAGCUGGGUUUCUGUGCUGUCGCGUAUCCUUGGACAUUGGUAGCUGCUAAGCUGCGAAGCAUUCGCGAAACUUUGGAGAACCUGAAGAAGAGCAUGACCAUUGGUGCUCCUCCCGUUAUCCUGAGCUAUUCUGAGGUCUGUGAAGGUGUGGGUUUCAAUAAAUAUUGGGAGCGAGAGGAAAAGUACAAGUUUGAGAAGUUUUACAAGGGAGAAACAAACGGGACAAACGGGACAAAUGGUACGAAGUCAUGA